UAUUAUGAAAAAUAUGAAUGGGCAUACCCGUAAUUGCAUUUAACUCUUUCUGCAAAAUCAUAAAAACGGAAAAAGAUGAACACAGGAAAGAAAACCCUUCAAUCGCAAAAGCAAAUAAUAUUAUGGUGCUUACAAAUUUCAAUGGAGCUGGUAUCGGAUUUGGUUUCGGUGUCGGUUGUGGUUUCGGAGUUGGCUGGGGUUUCGGAGGCAUGCCUGUGAAUAUCUUGGGCCUCGGCGUAGGUGGAGGCUGUGGGGUUGGACUAGGCCUUGGAUGGGGCUUUGGCACUGCCUUUGGCAGUAAGUAUCGAACAUCUAGGGUCACGUUUCAAGGUAUGGAAUUUGACAAAAAGGAUCAUAGUGAUGGUGCAUCGUUCAAAGAGUUAUCAAAAAGCACCCAGGAAGUUGCCCAGCACAAAUCAAAGAAAGAUUGCUGGUUUGUCAUCAAUGGCAGAGUAUUGAACGUGACCAAGUUUUUGGAGGAACACCCAGGAGGAGAUGAGGUGCUGAUAGAGUCAGCAGGGAAGGAUGCCACCAAGGACUUUGAGGUUAUAGGACACAGCAAGGCUGCUCAAAACUUGCUCCGGAAAUACCAGGUGGGUGUUCUUCAAGGAUACACUUUCAAAGAUGAAGACUCCAAGGAAGUUCCCUCCAAGGAGUCCAAGAAGAAAGAGAUGAGUGCUUUUGUGAUCAAGAAUGAUGGCAUACCCAAGUAUGCCGCUUUUGUCGAGUUCUUUGUUCCACUCCUGGUUGCUGGUUCCUUCUUCUGUUACAGAUACCUUACCAGAGCAACCCAGAUCACCUAUUAGAUCUUCUCUUCUAAUAAUCAACCACUAUCCAUAAUUAUCUCUGUGUUUGUCUACUUUUGAGAGCUCUAUCUAAUAGAAGUUUAGCUCUUAAUUUAUGGAUGCUCAUAUUGAAUAAAUGCAAUGAUGGAAAUAAUGAUCGAUUUAGAAA